AUGGAGUCCGCGCUGUGGUACAGGAGGUCAAAACCCCAGGGGAAGGUGAGGCGACGGCUUCAAGACCUCCGCGUCGCUUCCUGCUCGUACUACGACUUCAUAGCCAGCAGACCCACGCUGGACCUGAGUCACAAUGAGAGCACCCGGCUGGCAGCAGACUCCCUGCUCAGCCGCGGCUUGGAGGGAUACCACGACGUGCUGAACGCAGAGGGAGAGGUGGACUUUCUGUCAGAGCUGGAGAAGAAUUACAUUCUGGAAAACGGGAGGGAUGGCAGCACAGCUGAUCCUGGUGCAUCUCAUGAUGAUGACGACGAAGAGUUAGAGAGUUUGUUUGCUGGCUCUCAGUCUGCCACACGGUGUCCUGCCAUGUCCACAGACAGUGAUCCGACUGUGGCAGGUUUGGACCUAAGUGGGCAAAAAGAUGUGAAGAGGACUGAUCGUGUCCAGGAUGAGCCCAGAGUUGAAAUUUAUUUCCAGUCUGACAGCAGGGCAGCGGGCAUGAAAGACAUGGUCAGAGAGUUCAUUAGAAAGGCUACAGAGGCUUUAGCCAUAGUGAUGGACAGCUUCAGCGACGUAGAGCUGCUGUGUGACCUCCUGGAGGCGAGCAAGAAGAGGAACGUGUCCGUCCAUCUGCUGCUGGAUCAGCUCAACCUGAACCUGUUCGUCAGCAUGUGGCAGGACCUCAAACUCAACAGCCAAAACUUCCCUAAACUGUCAGUACGCAGUGUCAAUGGACAGACCUAUUGUGCCAAGACAGGCAGGAAGCUGACUGGUCAGAUUGCUGAGAGUUUUAUUAUCACUGAUUGGACGGAGGUGCUGACUGGCUCGUACAGCUUCUCCUGGCUGUCCUGGCAGGUCCAUCGUAGUAUUGCUGUUCUUCUAAGGGGCAGCACGGCCGUAUCCUUCCAUAAGGAAUUUCACAGGCUUCUCUCCAGCUCCAAACCAGUCCCCGGCUUUGUCACUUACAUCACCCACUGCAGAGUGUAUCUGUGGGAAAGCCAAAGCAUGCAGUCUGCACCCAGGAUGAUGCACAAACCAAUGUGGAACCUCUAG